AUGGUUUUGUCGCGCAUGCUGUCAUCUUUGUCCCUAACCACGUAUCUAAAAUGCUCGAUAUACUCGAUAUCGAGAAGAAAUCUGUCCAAUAAACAUUUCAAUCGUACUUUACCACCAACGAUAUUAAAGGAUAUCUUCGGUGGGAACAUUAAGAAGAAAGUAGCGUCCGCUGAUUUCGGCAAGGACGCCAACGCUGGAUCCGAUUUUCAGAGAGCGGUCAGUUUCGUACAACCAUGUUUGAAGGAAGAGCUGCUUUGCAAGUUUUCGGAACCGGUGCAGGAUUGUUGUCACAAAGUGACCGUGGUAGGAUCCGGUAUGGUUGGCGUGGCCAUCGUGAACGCGCUUAUCUUCCAGAAAAUAACCGCGCAUGUCGCUAUAGUGGAUGCGUUCCCGAAGAAAUUGGAGGGAGAAGGGAUGGAUUAUUGUCACGGGUUGGCGCUUUUAGAAAGCCCGCGUAUAGAUUUCGACACAGAUUUUUGUAUCACAAGCAACUCGAAGGUGAUCAUAUUAGCUGCCGGUGCUAGACAAAUGAAGGGUGAAUCACGCUUGGACCUGGUACAACGAAAUUCAGAGAUUCUGAAAAGCAUAAUACCAACUCUGGUUGGUUACAGUCCAAACGCUGUGAUCCUGGUCGUCAGUAAUCCAGUUGACAUUUUAUCGUGGUUAACGUGGAAAAUAAGCGGAUUACCAGCAAGUCGAGUAAUAGGAACCGGGACUCACGUCGAUUCAUCGAGGUUUCGUUUCUUAAUCGCCGAUCGUUUAGGAAUAGCGCCUAGCUCGGUCCACGCCACUAUUAUCGGCGAGCACGGGGACAGUCAGGUUCCACUCUGGUCUGGAGUGAAUGUCGCGGGUGUACAGUUUCGCGACAUUUUGCCCAAUAUCGGCCUCGAGACCGACGAGGAAAGAUGGUACGAACUUUCCAAAGAGGUGGUCAGACUUGGACCCACUGUUAGAUGUCUAAAGGGAUACACCAAUACGACAAUUGGACUCGCUGCUGCCGACAUCGUGCGAGCUAUUCUCAACAACACGCAGAGAGUUAUACCAGUUUCAACCUUGAUUCAGGGUCAUCACGAAGUUUGUCACGAAAUGUUCUUAUCUCUACCUUGUAGCGUCGGUGAACAGGGAAUCACGAAUAUCGUACGGAUGCGUAUCACAGAAUACGAAAAGAAAUUAUUUCAGACAUCGGCUAAUGUUGUGUUCAAUGUUCAAAAGGGUAUUAAAGCUGUAUGA